GAGUCGGCGCAAGAUGGCGGCGGGAGGGGCUCAGGCUGCAGCUCUGGACGCCGAGUGAGGGGCGGGGGGUCCGGGGGCGCGCGGCCCGAGACCCCCCCGGCCGCCCUCCUCCUUCCUCUGUUCCUGUGGCUGGGGGGGUGUCCCCUCUCUCAACAUGGAGCCGUCCACUCUGUCGCCCAGUGGGCCAGCACUACCCCUGCCUCUGUCACUGGCUCCACCCCCGCUGCCCCUGCCAGCUGCUGCAGUGGUCCACGUGUCCUUCCCUGAGGUGACCAGUGCCCUCCUGGAGUCUCUUAAUCAGCAGCGUCUGCAGGGCCAGCUCUGCGAUGUAUCUAUCAGGGUACAAGGCCGGGAGUUUCGGGCCCAUCGGGCUGUCCUGGCUGCCUCGUCUCCUUACUUCCAUGACCAGGUCCUGCUCAAGGGCAUGACCUCCAUCUCACUGCCCAGCGUCAUGGACCCCGGCGCCUUUGAGACUGUCCUGGCCUCUGCUUACACAGGCCGCCUCAGCAUGGCCGCUGCCGACAUUGUCAACUUCCUCACUGUGGGCUCCGUGCUUCAGAUGUGGCACAUUGUGGACAAGUGCACUGAACUCCUCCGGGAGGGUCGCGCCUCAGCCACCACUACUGUCACUACUGCUGCAGCCACCUCCAUCACCGUUCCCGGUGCUGGGGUCCCCUCAGGGAAUGGGGCCACUGUGGCCCCCGCCACCAUGGGCUCCUCGCGUUCCCACACCUCCAGCAGGGCCAGUGAGAACCAGUCACCCAGCAGCAGCAACUACUUCAGUCCCAGGGAGUCCACUGAUUUCUCCUCCUCCUCCCAAGAGGCGUUUGUGGCUUCUGCUGUGGGCAGUGGGGAGCGGCGUGGAGGGGGCCCUGCAUUCCCAGCCCCCGUGGUUGGCAGCGGGGGUGCCACAUCUGGGAAGUUGCUGCUGGAGGCGGAUGAGCUGUGCGAUGAUGGUGGAGACGGGAGGGGUGCAGUGGUCCCCGGGGCUGGGCUCCGGCGGCCCUCUUACACCCCAGCCAGUAUCAUACCACAGAAGCAUUGGGUGUAUGUGAAGCGGGGCGCAAGUGGCCCUGCCCCUGCACCCCUGGCUCCCCAAGAUCCCGACCUAGAAGAGGAGGAGGAGGAGGAAGAAGACUUGGUGUUGACCUGUGAGGAUGAUGAAGAGGAGGAGCUGGCGGGUGGCUCUGGGGUUCCCACAGGGGAAAGGCCCGAGGCUACUCUCAGUAUCAGUGAUGUCCGGUCCCUCACGGAGCCCUUGGACAAGGGGGAGGAGCAGGUCAAUUUCUGCGAGUCCUCCAAUGACUUUGGGCCCUACGAGGGCGGGGGCUCCGGGGCGGGGCUUGAGGACUCAGGGGGGUCCACCCCUUCCUCGUACACCCCCACCCACCCUCCACGGCCUCUGCUCCCCGUGGACGUGCAGGCCAACCAGAUCCUGGUCUUACCCUCAUCUUCCUCCUCUUCCCAGGCUCCGGGCCAGCCACCCGGGAACCCAGCCGAACACGGGGCAGUGACCCUCGGGGGCACUCCGGCGGGGGGCGGGGCCGCACCCGGAGGUGCUGGGGGGUCCCAGGGAGGGCCGGGCAGUGGGGACGGGAAUAAGAUCUUCCUGUGCCACUGCGGGAAGGCCUUUUCCCACAAGAGCAUGCGCGACCGGCAUGUGAAUAUGCACCUCAACCUGCGCCCCUUCGACUGCCCGGUGUGCAGCAAGAAGUUUAAGAUGAAGCACCACCUGACGGAGCACAUGAAGACGCACACGGGCCUCAAGCCCUACGAGUGCAGCGUCUGCGCCAAGAAGUUCAUGUGGCGAGACAGCUUCAUGCGGCACCGGGGACACUGCGAGCGCCGGCACCGCCUGGGCGGGGGCGGCGCCGGCCCGGGACCCGGCCCUGGACCCGGCCCCGGGGCACCGACCGGGUCCGCGCUGCAGUCCAAGAGAGAGGCCUCGGGAGCGGGCGGAGGAAGCGGCGACGAGGCGAGUGGGGCCACUCCUCCGUCCAGCAGACGGGCCUGGUCCCCUCCCGGCAUUCACAAGGUGGAGAUGGACUUCAGCGGCGGCGGGGCGAACUGAGAGGCGCGCGGCUGUGGUCGCUGUCGGGACGAUCCGGGGACUCCGUGGUCUCCGAGGUCCCCGAGCGCUGUAGCCCUGUACUGUCUUCCUUUUUCUCUGGACUUGAGUGCGUGAUGGGGAGGAAACCACGUCGCACUACCGCCAGCCCAGUCCGUGUCUCUGCCCCUUCCUCCCGAGAUGCCCUGGAACUACCCCCCAUCCCCACACUUCGGGCGCAGCCAGGUCCCAGCUCCAGAGUAGGUGGGGCUACCUGGGGCAGAGGUCUUGAGUCCCGCCCCUCCCCCGGGUUGAGGGUCAGGGUGUUGUAGUCUGUGCCUAGAGUCUGUGUUCGUGUCGUGGGGACAGACCUUGGAGCCCCACCAUUGUCCUAGGACCUUGCCCCUCCUGCGGGAUGCGCCCCAUCUCCAUCUCCCUCCACCUCCCAUGAGCCCCCCAACUUAGUUCUUACAAAGGAGUGCGUGGAGGCAAGGAGUAAGUUGUAGCACAGGUUUUCAUUAUUUUUAACAGUGAUU